GCGACGCGAUUAGGACGAGCCAUAGGAGUAUGCAAAAAAAAGUUAAAAGCAUCCAGUGUCAUAAACUGUUGAACUAGAAGGGUUCGAGGAAACCCGUUUUUGAGCAUUCUCAUGUCCAGCCAAUACAUCAGCUAGGGGUUCUCUAAACGCAUGAUCACUAGGCACUUGACCACUAGGCACUUACCAACCAAACAACUUCUCAAGCGAAAGAGGAGAGAAAGCUCGCCAUGGAGCUCGCAACAGGUGCCAUGAGAUCUCUCCUCCCCAAGCUCGUCGAGCUCGUCGAGGGAGAGUACAAGCUCCAGACCGGCGUGAAGAAAGAUGUCGAGUCUUUGUCGAGGGAGCUGGAGAGCAUCGAGGUUGCUCUUGCCAAGGUCGCUGAGGUGCCACUGGACAAGCUAGACAAGCAGGUCCGGCUCUGGGCUACCAAUGUCAAGCAGCUGUCGUACGAGAUGGAGGAUAUCGUCGACAGCUUCAUGGUGCGCGUCGAGGGCUCCGAGCCAGACGCGGACCUGAAGAGAUCCAAGAGAUUCAGAAAAAAGAUCGCCAACUUCUUCAAGAAAGGCAAGACCCGUCAUCAGAUCGCCGACAAGAUCCAAGAUAUCAAGGUUCGAGUCAAGGAGGUAGCUGACUUGCGUGACAGAUACAAGGUCGACGAUGUCCAUGCUAAUCAAGCUGCCACAAACACCAUUGAUCCUCGCAUGAUUAAUCUGUUCAAAGAUCAGAAAGAGCUCGUUGGCAUUGAGGAGCCGAGGAAAGAUCUAAUCAAAAGGCUGAUGGAAGGGGGUGAUGUUGUGUCCAACUCCAAGCUGCAACUCAAAAUAGUUUCCAUCUUUGGAUUUGGAGGACUUGGCAAGACGACUCUUGCCAAAGCAGUCUACGACAAGCUACAGGAGGAAUUCAUUUGCAAGGCUUUUAUUUCGGUGGGUCAAAAGCCUAACCUGAAGAAAGCUUUCAUGGAUAUUCUUCGCCAACUUGACAAGAACUCCUAUUUGAAUGCAACAAUGUUAGACGAGCUGCAGCUCAUCGAUGAACUCCGGGAAUUGCUUGAGAACAAGAGGUACCUCAUCGUCAUUGAUGAUAUAUGGGACAAGAGUUCAUGGAAUAUAAUGAAAUAUGCUUUGAUUGAUAGUAACUGUGGAAGUAGAAUAAUCACAACCACUCGUAUUUUUGAAGUUGCCGAAGAGGCGGACGAUGUUUACAAGCAAAAGCCACUUUCUUCCGCCACAUCCAAGGAAUUAUUCUAUACAAGAUUAUCUAUUGGUAAAUGCAAAAUUAUUUCUGGUCAACCUAUUGAGAUAUCUGGAAAGAUUUUACAAAAGUGCGGUGGUGUGCCGUUAGCUAUCAUCACAAUAGCUAGUCUGUUGGCCAGUAAACCAUGGGAGGAUUGGUCUGAGGUGUAUGACUCUAUUGGUUUUGGAGAUGGAGCUAACAUACACGUCGACAACACAAGAGAGAUAUUGCUAUAUAGCUACUAUGAUCUGCCUUGUUAUCUAAGGGCAUGUUUGUUGCACCUCAGCAUAUAUCCUGAAGAUCACAAGAUUCAGAAAAACACUUUGAUAUGGAAGUGGGUGGCAGAAGGUUUUGUUCAUGAGAAACCAGGGGUGGGGUUAUUUGAGCUCGGGGAGAGGUAUUUUAAUGAACUCAUUAACAGAAGUUUGAUCCAGCCGGUGGAGGAGCCAUAUAAGAGCAUCAUAUAUGCUUGUUGUGUGCAUGAUCUGGUGCUUGAUAUGAUAUGUUACUUGUCGAAGGAAGAAAAUUUUGUUACUAUCCAUGGUAGUAGUAACAAUGAACCCCAACCUUCACAAAGCAAUGUCCGUAGGUUAGCUUUUCAAAACAUAGCCAUGGACGAAGAGCCUAAUUCAGAUAACACACAGAUACAUCAAGUGAGGUCAUUUAAUGCCAUCAUGUGUCGUGUCAACGGAAGAUCAUUUCUUUCAAGCUUCCAAGGCUUGAGAAUUCUUUCUAUGGAAAGAUGUACUUUUAUAAAUGAUGGUUGUUAUCACCUUGAGAAUCUUGGGAGGCUACUUCAGCUGAGGUACCUUGGGCUCUUGGGAACACCUAUUACGGAACUCCGAGAAGAAAUAGGCAACUUGAGGUUUUUGCAGGUACUGGACUUGAGGAGAACUAGAAUAAAAGAGCUGCCAGAGAGUGUUGGUCAGUUGAGGCGGCUAAAGUGCCUACGCCUUCCUGAUGAUUUCACAGGAGCACUAUGUUGGAUCGGUAAUCUGGUGUUGCUAGAAGAGAUAUUUUUGCCCUAUGUCUCCUUAGAAUUUGUGAAAGAACUGGUCAAGCUCACAGAGUUAAGAGAGUACGGUGCUUGGUUUGGAAAGUCCGAUGAUGCCAUAGUUGAUAGUAUAGUUUUUAAUAAUAUGAUGAAAUCUCUAGAGCAACUGGAGAUGCUCCAAGCCAUACAAGUUAGUUGUCUCGUUGGGUGGAUGCAUGUUGGCCGCACCAAUUGCGAAGGCUACGUGCUCUCUCGGCACCUCCGUCGUCUGGAACUGCGGGUCGCAAUUGAAAAACUGCCGGCAUGGUUAAAUUCCUCAAGUCUGCCGAACCUUUCUCACUUGACGGUGGGACCGAAUGCCGUGGAGGCACAGGAUAUGGAGGUCCUCGGGAGGUUCCCAGAGCUCAUUUACCUCGAUCUGAAUACUGAUCCUGACGUCAUCAUUCCUGACAUCAUGGGCGGCGGUGCAUUUCCCAAGCUAAGAUACUACUUCACGAUUGGAUCUUCCAGGUUCCUGCAGGGAGCCAUGCCCAGCCUUGAAUGUGUCCAGUGUUACAUCCGCGACGAGCGCAAUGGCGCCAAGUUUGAGCGUGACAUUGCUAGCAUCGGGAACCUCCCUUGUCUUGACAGAGUCCAAGUAUACUUUUUCGAUUGUGAGAGUGGCACGCGGGAGAAGGGAGAGGCCGCGUUGAGGCAGGCAAUCGAGGUCCAUCCCAACAAUAUCACGGUUAAGGUGGACUACUGGUAGCUUGUUGCCAGCGAAGCGUCCGAUGCUAAUGAGGAACACCGAGAGGUACAAGGACGCGCUGAUAUUAAUUGCCAGAUAAAACUCGUAGUAGUAUUAUAUGCAGAUGAAUUGCAAAAUGGUCCGAAAUUGCAGAGUGUCCAUGAUGUUUUACCUUUCUGAUUCUUUCCAAGUUUUGACGGAAACGGUGCAGUGCAACACAGGAGGACGGAACCACCAUCUUGAGAAAGUCGACACACACCCAAACUACCUGGAGAUUUCGUCAAGCAGCAAAACAUGGCCACGUUGACAAUGUCUUAUUUGAACUAUUUUGUAACCCCUUAUCAAUUCAAGAUCUUAUUAGAACCGAUGUUGCAAUCUUUUAUUGAUGUAAGAUCAGGCACACCCAAACUACCUUAAGAUGGUAUUUUUGUAAUGCAGUUAUUUUAUUUGAACUAUUUGGAAUGUAUUUUGGUCAAAUUUAGGAUCUACUUGUUGGAAUUAUGAUGCUACAGUACCUUACUAAGCUA